GUCAAAAUACUGUUGAAACACGAAGAGAAGAAGAGCGUCUAUUUGUCACACAGCAAAAAUCACGCACAGAAAACAUGACUGAUAGAGAGGUGAACUACAGUUGUUAUUUGCUAUGUAGUGUGUUCUUUUGUGUAUUCGGUAACUCGUUCCUUUAUGGUUACAACAUCGGAGAUGUCAACAAUCCAGCUAAGAUCAUUCAGAUGUUCUAUGAAGAUGUCCUUACUCAGAGGGCAGGAGGGGAACCUACAGACAAACCUAAAAACCAAUCUGUUAAUGUGGUCGGUCUAGGAAACAGCAGUUCUAACCUGAACUCGUCUUACGUCACAACGCCUAAAAACAACACUAAAAUUAGCCCUCUUGACUAUGAGGCUCCUAUUGAAGUGGAAUGGCUCUGGUCCGUCACAGUGGCCAUCUUUGUCUUGUUUGGAAUGGUUGGUGCUUUUAUCUCUGGAAAAUGGGCUGACUACUUUGGAAGGCAAAGGGGUAUGAUCCUGAUCACGUUUAUCAUGUUUCUGGCAGCCUUGUUUGGAGGAAUCCCUAAGAUAACCAGAUCCUUUGAGGUCCUUAUUGUCCACCGAGCCCUUGUGGGGUUGCAUUGCGGUUUGAAUGUGAGUCUGGCGUCCCUGUAUCUGGCUGAGAUUUCCCCUAAGAAGAUCCGUGGAGCCAUUGGUACCUGUCAUCAACUGUUUAUCACUGUCGGUAUCCUGUGGUCCAACAUCAUGGGUGUAUCCAAACUGUUUGGUACUCAUGAACUCUGGGAGUGGGUGUUCAUCUUUAAUGCUAUCCCUGCCUUGGUCUGUCUGAUUGGUCUCCCCUUCUGUCCAGAGAGCCCCCGCUACCUCCUCAUCAAGAAGAACGAGGAAGAGGAGGCCAGAGAUGGUGAGCCUAAGCUGUUCCUUUGUUUGUAUCUCUUCCUAUCGCCUGUGUUCUGUGUUUCUUUAGAUUUCUCAGCAGUGGUCUCUUCCUAUGGUAUUAAUGCUGUUAUGUCCUUCUCCAGCUUUAUGUAUAAGAACGCCGGGGUAGAGAAGAGUGUUGUGGAGUGGGUGGUGUGUCUGACCAGUCUUAUUAAUGUACUGACCACCAUUGUAGCUGUCCCUCUGAUGGAAAAAUUAGGUCGACGCCCACUUCUGAUUUAUCCUAUGUGUUGUAUGGUUAUCUCCUUCAUAGCUCUCACAAUCUUCCACAAUCUACAGUAUGACCAAGAUCUGCAAGAAUCUCGGGGUGUUUUUGCCAUAAUUGCUAUUAUUGCCAUGCAUACUUAUGUCAUUGGAUUUGCCCUUGGACUGGGUCCUAUUCCAUUCAUUGUGGUGGGAGAAAUAUUCCGUCAAGAGCCUAGGGCGGCUGCCAUGAGUUUGUCCUUGACCUUUAACUGGGUCUGCAACUUCAUCUUGAACUUAAUAUUUAGGUUUAUGCAGAAAGCUAUGUUGGGAUACGUAUACCUUCCAUUUAUUGGUAUUCUGGUGGGAGCUAUUCUAUUCAUCUUCUUCAAAGUACCGGAAACAAAGAACCGGACAUUUGACGAGAUAGCAGCCACAAUAACCCGCGGGAGACACGCUAAGGAACCUUUUGAAGAUGGAGAAGAGAUGCAGAAAAUGAAUGAAAAAUCUUAAUGAUAGAGAAAUAUAGGAAUUAUAUGAGGGGACAUAUUUAUUUAUCUUCAAAGGGCAAUUAGUAAGUUGUGACUUAUUGUUAAUAUGUGGGUAUAAAAACAGGAUAUAUUUGUCAGUGUACCUUGAUAAAGAAGUAGUCUUCAUUUUUUUUUACAAAAAUUGAGAAACCAGGAGAAAAGGCAACUUGAAUUUCGGGUGGUGUACCUAGAAAUUAAGAUCAUGGAAAUGAACAUAUCAAUUAUAGGUACAUGUAACUGCUUUAUUAAAGUAGUCAAAUUUACACAUAUAAGUUGCAAAAUUUUAAUGAUUUUUAUGAUGAUGCAUGCUAACUUCUGCAUGGAAUUAGGAACAAGAGUUAACAUUUGAUGUUAAAUUUGAACUAAGAGGUAAUUUUGAAAAUUUCAACAACUUACGGAUAAAAGGAAUACCCCUGUAAAAAU